AUAAUUCAGCCACCAAAUUUUGGAGAACAAUUAAAAGCCCUGCACACCGUUAUUAGAAGUUGACUUCUUAUAACGUUUUCUGUCCAAGCGGUUUCUUGACUUGAGAGAAUGGCAACAUCGACAACUACAAGUUUGUUCAGUUUGUGUUCCCUGCUAAUGGCCAUUCUUUUUGCAUACUCUGCAUCUGUUCAAUUAAAUGAUCCUGAUUGGUAUUUUUGGUUUCCUCUAUAUUCAUGUGCUUGCAUCGUUAAUUUGACAAACGGCGUUGUCUCAACCAAACUGAGAAGGAAAAUUGGCAUAAUUACUCUAUGCUCUGGGAUUUUGUUAUACCUCAAAGUUGUUCUGGAAGAUGUUGUAUAUGGAAUAGCGGGGUUUUGGUCACUGGAUCUAAGUGAGAGAGUUGUUAGGGAGAAAAUUGGAAGCAUAUUAGUUGUCAUGUCGAUGAUCUUGCAAAUGGAAGCAUUCAAAGUUCAGACUAGGGUGAAGGAAUUCUCUAAUAUGGUAAAAUAUGUGCAGGGAUGCUGAUCUUAGUGGGCUUUAGCUACAUGUUACCCCUGAUCUUCUUUGUGGUCCUAAAAGGAGAAAUGAAUAAGUUCUAGUUAGGACACAAGCUUAUGUCAUUCUUUUGUGUUUGUAAAUUCUUGAAGAAAAAGAAUUGUUAAACAAGUCCUUAAGAAAAUUUUACAGUAGACUUAGGUCCUUAAGAGAAAAUGUGCCCAAUAAA